CAACAAAUUUGGUUGUUUUUUUUUUUUUUUCAUGUUUUAUUAUUUGGAGCACCAUGACUUAUAUUUCAUUAUCAUCCAUCAUUUGGUGAUAGCACAUAAAAACUUGGUCCAUCUGCAACUUUCACAUCAUGAGCCCAGCUGAACAGCCUAGGCAAGUAAAUCUGUUGGGGAUGUCAUAUGAGCAACUACAUACUUUUUUUUUUUUUUUUUUUCUGGAGGAUUUCAUUCACUAUUUUUUUGUAAUCGAGCAUUGGUUCGAUAUUCACAUUGUCCCAUACCAUUCACAAAGAAUAUGAAAUAGCAACAGUUCAUAACACAUUUGGGAUACGCAGAAUAUUCAGCCACUUAGUCGAGCAACCCAAUCCACCAUUUGCGAAGUCCACCGCUUCAGCAGUGACAGCACCGUUUGCUGUGUAAUGUUUUCAGGGGAGGAUCAGCGAUGAUGAUGUUAUUGGGAAUAUGUUAGUAACAUGACCACUUACCAGCAGAGCGACUGAGCUGACGGCAAUGGCUUGACGACAGUGAUAUUGAGUGUAACAUUUUACUUUGCACCAAUAUACUGUGCAACAGUUUUACAGCCCGUUACAUGGUAAUUCAGUUGUAUUCACCAUGAUUUUAUGUACGGUUUAAAGAUGUUGAUGCUGCUAUACAGAUGUCAUUGUCAGCUUCAGGGACACAUUUUGCUCCAAGAUUAUUAAACUGUAAUGUCAAUAAAUCAUCCUUUUGGUUAAUGAUUAUUUCCUCUCCAUCCACUGUGACUGAUGUCACCAGAAGCCAACCAACUUAUAACCUAACUUACAUGAAUCCUGGUUCUGUUGUAAAUCAUAAAUGCAGGUUACAAGUUUGCCUCAGAGUGUUCAGACCGCUGAAGUCACACUCACCAAACUGAGCGGUCUCAGCCUUUAUUUAACCAGGGAUUAAACACAGAUUUGCUCUUUAUUGACCACAGACACAUUCGAAUGAUGAAGACAACAAACACUCGCUCACUAUUGUACAUUUGUUGUGUGAGUCUCAGCGAUCGUGCAAUGCGAUCCAUCGACAUACUGAACCCAGCCCUUCUAUCUCCAUGGUGACAAGAGAAGUCGACUCAGCUACGCCAUUGUUCUACCUUUGGUAUCAGUCUGUUCAGCUCAGUGCAGGAACGUGCUAACUAGGCAUGUCCCGAUAUCGAUACCAGCAUCUCACACAGAUACUGGUCUAUUACAAGUACAGCGUGACAGCACCCCAUGUCCACUACAGUGUGCCCUCGCUUUAUUCUGCAGAUUCAGUGCAUCACAGGUUUUUACAGGGCUGUCCACUUUCACGCCGAUGAGGGUGGCUGCAGACUUGCCCUUUCUCAUUUGACAAAUACAGUCCCCAGUGCAUGGCGUGCCUCUGCCCUGCUUUAAAACGCCAAUUUUUUACUGUGCUCCACUCAGCACUAAGGAUCUCUCAGACUGGAAAUAUCCCAAGAAAAGUAAUGUGAAUUGGACAUUAUUCGCAUUUUACUGUGAAAGAGAUCCACCUGUGAGAUUGCUGACUGAUUCAUGGCCCGCUUCAGCUUUGACAGAAAGGACUCUUUUUUUUUUUUUUUCGUGAUCAUGGUUUUAAAUAUGUUUAUUUCAAGAAAACACUCCAUCAUGACCUGAGUAGUAACAGAGACUCUGAUUUUGUUGUUCUGUGUUAUGAGGCUUCAGAGCACACCACACACAAUGGGGCAACCUUACGUAUUAGAUCAAGAAUAAAGAAGGGAAAAUUGUACAUGUUAAACCAGUAGGUAGUACCAGGAUCUUCUGUGUUAUAUAUAUAUAAGCAUAUGCAGAGAUGGCACAGGCUAAACCUGAAAUGUUGAAAGUGAAAUUUAUUCAGGGAACAUGUACUGAACAAAACAAAACAAAACAAAACAGUUGAAGCACUUGUAUCUGCAAGUACUAGUACUUACAAUAGUACUCGUACUCAGUCAGCCAAAAAGUGCUGUCAGCACGUCCCUAGUGCUAUCGAUGCUGUACUGUUGCUGCAUGGGCGUCGAGUGAGUCACUUGACAUUCCACUAACAAGCUAGGAACCAUGCACAUUGUGAUGUCAUUCACAUCACACUCUUGACAUAUUUUCUAGGCCAUAUUUAUUCUCGGGGUUCAUCUUUUGUGGAUGUACUUGUUUUUAGUAAGGGUGGGAUUCGAUUAAAAAAAUUAAUCUAGUUAAUUAGAGAAUUUGAGAUUAAUUAAUCUCAAUUAAUCGCAGUUUAAUGGUUUAAGAAUAUUUGCACCAAGAAGCUACAUUUUUCAAUUUGAGUGAAUUUGGUAUAUUACUGAAUCAAAUGAUGGACCCAUACAUACAGUUAUACAACAAAAUAUUGUUUAUUUUGCAUCAGUUUGACAAUAGCACAAUAAAUCACAAUUGUGGCUAUAUUCAAGUUUUUAUAUCACCUUAUUUAAACUAAAGCUCUUUUAAAGUCUUGAAAAUAUUUGGAUAAGAAUUUCAAUUUUAUAAGAAUUUCAAGUACAUUCAGAGUAGUGGAAACCCGGGCCAUUGUGUAGUGAAAAACCUCCCUGCUUUCGUUUACUUUUGUUCAGGGAUUCCUCCAUGUUUGUUGUUGUUGUUAUCAUCCUAGCUGCCACGUGUCUUGUGCAUCAGUGGGAUCAGUGGACCAGGAACUCCUGCACUUACAAAGGUUCCCUGUUGUCUGGAGAGCAAACUGUUCAAUUAAAUUAAAUUAUGUUUUGUUAUUGUUGGUGUUGUACUUAAUUAAUCGUAAUAAUGUUGUAAUUAAUUAAUCGUAAUGAACUUGCUAAAGGCCCACCACUAGUAUUUAGUUUACUAUAAAAAAUAAAGAAGAAUGAAAACAGAAAACCUCCAUUUGAAACUGCGUAGCAACAGCAUCAGAAGGUGUCGGCCUUGACUCAUUCUAUUGUUGCCUAGCUACAUGAUUAAACUUAACAUAACAAGGUUCUCCAGACAUUUUUUACACAUUGCAGACUACUAAACAAUGUGAUGUAUUAAUUAUGCAACCAUCACAAUUACUGUCUGCUUCCUGCAUUAAUAAAGAACAUUUAUUUGAAACACUUGUAUCCAAAAUUGUCUGCUCCCACAGAUACUUUUGAACAAGCCUGUAGCUGGUGGGGGUUAUUUUUUGCUGAAAAGUACUAAGAAGUACCUUUGCACUUUGCUAGUCCGGAUCAUCUGUCCUGUCUUAUUUGUGCUUUUUGUUUUUUUCAUACUUGUGAACAGUGUUGAGCUGUUAGAAACUUCCCAUGUUAGCAGCUCAUGCAUCCAAAAACAGAGAAACACACUAUGGUGUGAAUGAAGCAGUUCUGUGAGCUUGGUGAAAAAAGAAGUCAAACACUCUGAGAUUGACGUGUGAUCACAAGAUUUCAUGCCAACCACUGACCAUGGCAGUGUGCUUUUUUAAACCCCCUCACUUCAUCCUUUAAAGCUCUCCUCUUAUCUUUAUCCGUCCGACGCCUCAAAUCUUUUCUUCUAGCUGCUUUUGUCAGCCUCUAUUCUUAGCAGUCAGUCUUUUUUUAGCGUUUAUCCUCGUUCCAUGGUCUCCUUCAUUCAGAUCUGCCUGAACAUUUCAGUCGUGAGUCUUUAAUUUGUGACUAGAUGGAAGCAGUUCACAGCAUCUUUUACUGUGAGUCCUUGAAUUAUGUGACCCUCUGCAAGAAUCGUGGAGUUACUCGAAAUAAACAUGCAUAAUUGCAUAAUGCCUUUGCCCUUGGAGAUGUGGAUUAUGGAUUAUAUGUAUUCUCACGGUCAUAUCUGCUGUCAUGUGGAGAGACGAAGUGUCUCCACGUUCACCAUCAUGCUGCUCCGUGAUUGGCCUGCUCACGUUGUCGCCUCCAUCACGUUCUGUCUGCUGACUGUGGAAAACAAGUGAUGUGAUGGUUUUGACCUCCUUGCAGUUGCCUGCAGUGUGAUGAGACAAAGCAGAGAGCAAGAAACAGCCACCAACACCCAUGGCAUCAUUCCGGAUUCAAAGAAAAUGUUGAAGCGAGAAGCUCAACCCUCCACGUUAAGUAACCCAAGUCCAGCAGUGUAAUUCAGACACCGCACUACUGAGCUUGUUUAUGAGAACCGAAGACGCAUCAUUGAUCCUACAAGGAAAUUCACUUGUGAAGAGUGUUGCAGCACAUGAAGGAAACUACUGUAUAUAGGUCAAAUUGCCUUUUACCAGAAAAGUUUGUGAUUACUUUUCAAAACAAUUGUAAUUUAACUCCAGGAAAUCAAAUUAAAAUAAGUGUUUACCCACAGUUUGGUUGGUAUAAAAGAGAGCAAGAGCUCUUAAAAAAGAGCAAGAUACUUUUAAAAAAUGUAGUAUCAUUGCUUUGUCUGUCACUGUCACACUUUCACUUGUUCCUUGAUCCAUAUCUGGCCUUCAAAUAGAAGUCGCCAUGUGUAAAGGAGGCUGUAGUUACUCCUCUGCCUCCCACAGGUCUGAUGUCAGUGUUAAGCGACACCACAGUGGGUUUGUUGUUGUUAUUUGCCUUGUUUCACUCUGAAGUCAAAUCCUGAUGAACCUGAUACCUCGUGCUGCUCAGCUCGCGGAUUUGCCUCGAUAUCAGCAGCAGAGGCUGAAAAUGCUUUCAUCUUGUAAACACAAAAGCGGGCGUCAUCAGUUCCAGUGAAGGGUAGGAUUGACAGAGGUGGUCAGUGGGUCGUGCAGUCCAAUCCUGCUCAACAACGAAAACACAACCAGAAUAGCGCUGUCCGAUGCGUCGAUAUAAUAAUAGUAUUGUCAAUAUUGAUCCCUACAGGAGCUCUUUUAUUUAUCAUUUGUGCUGAAUUACCUUGUUCUAACCCGUGUUUUAAAGCAAGCCGCCAAUGCUCUGCAGCCAUCAAAUGUAUUACCUGUAUGAUUCCUAUGUUCACAAACUAAAGUGUAGAAAAUAUUUUUUAUAUAUUGUGCAGUAUUCACCAUUAAUAAAGGUGCCAGCUUUGACUUACUACUUUUAUUUUAAGGGUGCUCCAGCAGGAUCUAUGGUAUAAUGCAUUGUGGCAAACCCUCAUUACUCCAAAGAAAAGCAUAAAUGCAUUAUUACUGUUGUUGUUCGAUUUCAUGCAUUGAAGCAUUAUCAAGGCUAAGGAAAAAUGUUGAGAAAUACAUAUUGUACAUCAUGGCACAUCCUAAAAAUAUGGAUGUAUCGAUGACAUGCCAUAUGUUGCUAAAAUGUGGGUUUUGUAUUUGGUUCCUCCUACUCCUGAGCCAUGUUAAGGUUUACCAGAAUAUUUCGUUUCUCAGGAUUCGUCCUACUCAGGUAUUGUGGCUUUGACUUCAGAUGUAUAAAGUGACGAUGAAAAUUGUUUUCAACAAUCUUAACUCUCCUUUAAAUCUACCACAUUUUGUCAUUGAGGGAUUAACUAGGAGGACCUGAUUUGAGAUACUUUUCAAAAGUCAUAAAAAAUAAGUCAUUGAUUUUUGUAUACUCAUGAGAAUAUGUUUCAUUUUUGUGCGUCUCAAAACAUAUAUCGCUCCUCAAACAGAAACCUUCAGAUUCUCUGGUACCAACAGGGGAGACGUCUUUCCACACGAAACAGGGUUGUUCGUCUUGGAACUGGCCUCUUUCUCAUCUCUGUUCUUGGAGCAGCACUGGAUUAGCGCCUUUUGAUCAGGUCAGCUCUCGCCUUUCUGUAGGAUCUGUCUCUUGCCCUCAUUACUGAAUCCCUGCCGCAGCGUAGAGCCCAGGCACUGCUGUUAAACCAGGGUUAAUGGGACAGUGGAUAGAAAAUAGCUUGGAACCCCUGGUUCAUGCAGCCGACUUGUUUGCCUGCUGCAGACCUCUUGCCACCAAUGGUCUGUUCUUGUUGGUGUUUCUUUUCCGGGUACAAAUCAGACCGUCGCUGUUUAAGUCUGAUAACUUUGGUGGAUUUAUCAAUGAAAUUUGGAAGGUAUCAUCUGUCAUGUGAGUUCGGAGACAUUUUACUGCCUAGUUUUCUAUUGUAACUUGUUCUGUGGUUCGCAAUAAAAUGUAAUGAAGCCACAGCCACUACUGGCCGGCCAAACCAAUUUUACUUUAGUGGACUUGUAGGAGUACUCAUCCUCAAAUGAGACCUGGAUUAUAGGUUUUACAUUUGUGUUAGAUUGGAGCCUGAUUUAUGUAGAGAUGUUCAAUUGCCAUUUAUUUUAAGCAUGACUAACUUUGAGCCUUUGGUUUUCAUGGAACGUUUGUCCAAGAAAUAAUAAUAAUAACCACUCAGAUUUGCUUUCAUUCUUUUUUUGUUUGCACAGUAAAACACCACAUGCUCACACACCCAUUUUUGCAGUCAAAUAAUUUUGUUUACAAAAGUACUGAGGUGAAAUUGUUUUUUUUGUUACAUAUUCUUUACACCUACAGGGUCUAAAGUAACUGAAUUGACUCUUUUACAACAGACUGUAUCUGUUUAAUUUGAAUUUAUUGCUCACGAACAGGAUUAUCAUGAAGAUACAGUUUAAAACUGUUUUAUUGAAAUAAAAACAACAUUAAUUUGACAGUAUAUUGUAUACUUUAUCAACUUUUUUGAGACUUAGCUGAUUAAAUGAACAGCCACUCUUUAACAAUAACUGGACAUGCAGACGUGCAGCACACACACAAAAAGACAGAAAUCUAGAAGUUCGUUAUUUAAAAAAAUAUAUAUAACAAUAAUAAUGCUCCAAUUAAUGUCCCUUCGUCUACUGAAAAUGUAUUCAACUAAAGCUUUCAAGCUGAGAACUGUACUGGACCUUAGUUCUGUGUACUAGUAUUAGAAGUUGGAAUUGUACUCAUAGUCAGUAUGGAGUCAGCUCUACAUGCAAACCCCAUGUUGACUCUCAUCUUUGUAAUCUCUCCUGUCAUUUCCAACAUGGACAUGCUGCCAAAACAAAGCAUGCUGACAUGUUUAACGACAACCAAGUUUUUUUCCUGUUGGUCCUUGUUCCAACUCCCCACUGCACUGUUUUAGUUGCAACCCAUUCUCACUCCUCAGGCAUCAAAUAGCAACAAUCCUCAAGUGACUUUUGCGUCCAAUGCUGAGGCCAAUGUUAGCUGUCCCUGUUGCAUGAAAAACAAUCGGGAACUCAUCACUGCUUCAAUUUUUAUGUCACUUGGUAUAUAUAGCACCUCAUGUGGCUCUUCUCCUUAUUGAUGUGCCGUGACUGAAAUGCACAUUUGUUGUUUGAGGUGCUCUAUAUACCAAGUGAACAUGCACUAGGCCCAGCCUCUGGCUCUGUUUUAUACAUGAUGCACUGCCCACGGCGUCAGGCUAUGUUGCAGAAGGUGGAACACGUGGUUCACUUGAAAGCCUAAUGCAUCAACAAGUAACGCUUAAAGCUGACUUCAGUGUCAACAUAGGACACAAAAGUCACUUGAAGUCAGUCACCAUUUCAUGCCUUGAGAGUGAGAAUUCCUGACAAUCGCUGUGUUUCUCAAGUGGCUGUCUGGUUUUGCCUGGAAGGCUUCAGGACCAACUAUCAGUUUGCAUGUAAGGUAGAGUUUCCUUUGAGAUUAGCGUUAUUUAUUGAGGUUGUCUUCUUAAAACAAAGCGUCACAUAACGUGAUUUAGACAAGUUGCUCUUAUUUGAGUGACAGGGGAUGAACAUGAGGUAUCAAAAAUGUUCUGUUGUGUUCGACGUGUGCACUCCAGAGGUUGAAGGCUACUUGGUGUUAUAUAAACAAUGAAUAAUUCAUUAAUGUUGCUUGCAAACCUAAGCCGACACUUUGAGUAUGUUCAGUGAAAAUUGGUGAUUUAUGUUGCUGCCCUAACUGGGCCACUGAGACAACGGAUUUGCAGUCUGUCUUCUGUAUCUUUAAUGUUUGUACUGACUGCAGGAGGAUGAAAGUACCUGCUUUUGCUCCACUCAGAAGACAAAACAAGAAGCCAAACUAGAAUGAAGUAAAACAUAGCGAUAUGAAUAUAUGUCAAAAAAUAUAAAAGCCGCAUUUGUUGUUUAUUCAAUAAACUAAUAACUCCAUAAGCAACAACCAUUCAUUGCUGUGACAGUUUUUGAAUUUGUUUGAUGGCAGCACAUGAAUAAUGGCCCUAUUAGGCGGCCACAUUGAAGUUAGGGAGGCUGCUACCUUGGAAGGCACAUGAAUGACGGUUUGUUCUCUUCAUUUGCAUUUCUUUGUUUUCCAACCUCAUGCCAUUUGUUCUCCCCUUAGAUCUUCAGGACCACACUACAAUGAUGAUAUAGUGUUUCCCCAUCCAUGAACCAGUCCAAAAGAAAAACAUCAGUAGGUGCUCAAUAUGUACUAACUAUAUAUCUAUAUCUAUAUCUACAUAUAGAUAUAGAUUUAUAAAUAAAACGCAGCCAUACAAGAAGUGAUAGAGAAGCAGAAGGGAAUGUUCUGUCAUUCACUUUGAAUUGGUGACAUCAAAAAGCCGUGCCGCACCACCAGGCUAGUUCAUAUGGAAACCCUGUCAUACGCUUGUCAAAGUCUCAGUUUCGUAUUAGAAAGACUCCAACCAGACGGCCACAGUUUGGUUAGUCCUGAAAUGACAGUAUGAGUAUCCAAUCACAGGACGCGUACAAGUCACGUUCAACGCCAGCUAGAAGGUCUCGCUUUCCCUAACUCGUGAUCCAACUGGCUGUCGCAACUAUCCGUCAACUGUAUGUGUCCGUUCCUCUGAGGGCACCUGCGCCUGCACUGUUGCUGCUGAAGGCCGUGACGACAGCUGAAUUCUGAUUGGAUAAAAACUCUAACCUGGAAAAACAACACUGGGAUAUACUAUGACAUGAGUAUGAUUAUUAUAUAUACUAUAUAUAAUAUAUAUUUUGGAAAAAUACAUUAAAAAUGAAAUUCACUUUUGUCAUUACAGGCCAACCUCUCAUUCAAUGUGUUUUCUUCAUUUCAAUGACACCGAUUUACAUUGUACAUUUUCACUGAAGGCAUUAAAACUAUGAAUGAAUUAACACAUAUGGAAUUAUACAGUAAACAAAGAAGUGUCCUUUUUUUUCUUUGCUACAUAAUUCCAUAUAUCCUGUGUCAUAUAUGUAUCUACAAUGCAGAAAAUAGUGGAAAUAACAAAAAAAAAAAAAAACAGAAUCAGAAGGUGUGUGUUAAGAAUGAGAAUAUUUGCCACAAGAAACCACAUUUUUCAAUUUGAAUGAACUUGGUAUAUUACUGAACCAAAUGAUGGAUCCUACAUACAUUUAAACAACAAAAUAUUGUUGAUUUUGUUGUCAGUUUGACAAUAGCACAAUAAAUCACGAUGGUGACUAUAUUCAAGUUUUUAUAUCACCUUAUUUAAACUAAAGCUCUUUUCAUGUCUAGAAAAUAUUUGUAUAAGAAUUUCAAUUUGAUAAGAAUGUCAAGUACAUUCAGAGUAGUGGAAACCCUGGCCAUUGUGUAGUGAAAAACAUCCAUGAACUAAAGCAAACAGAUGCUUUUGUUUGCUUUUGUUCAGGGAUUUCUCCAUGUUUGUUGUUAUCAUCCUAGCUGCCACGUGUCUUGAGAACAAACUGUUAAAUUAAAGUAAAUUAAAAAAUUAAAAUUAAAAAAAGAAAAUACGAGAAAAGUUCAUGGUUAGUCUGCAGUGGUUAAAAUGUAUCAUGAAAAUAGUUAAAUUAAAUUAAAUAAUGAAAAUAAUUGGUAAAACUCAAAUCGCUCGAUUAAUGUAUCCCAAUCAUUGCAGCAGAAAACGCCUUCUCUUUGAUUAAACAAGAAAACCAAUACAAUACCAAAUGAAAAUGUGGAUGGAUGGGCUGAAUGUAAACAUCUAAUCACGUGAAAAAGAGAAAACUACUGUUGAGCACCUGUAUAAGGCUCCUCCGCCUCUUGUUCUUGUGUGGGGUCAUGGAGUGCCUCUCUCUACACGGGGUCUUGGUUUGGUUCUGGUUUACAAUGUGGCCUUCUCCUAUGAAUGUAUUUCCAUGUGUUCCCAUUUUUUAAGGUCACAUGAUACGAUCUGUGUUGUCAAAAGAGCUCCUCAAUGAUUCAAGUACAGUUGGUUGGCAAAGCAAGUGAGUGAGUGAGUGAGUGGAAUGGCCACUGGCCGCCCUUCAGUUUACAGUGUGUGAAAGAAAAAAUGAUCAGAGUGAUAGUGACUUCCACCAUGAUAAAUCUGGGUCAAUGUAACCCCCACCCCCUCCACCACAGGCAAGGCUGAACCAGGAAAAAAGAGACCAGGACAGCAUCAGCAGAUUCAAGCAUGGGGACAUUUAAGAACAAUUUGCCUUUUUUCUGGGUCGGUAUCACUGUUGUGUUGGGACUGUAGGCUUCCCCCCAUGUUUAUUGUAACGUCUUUCUAUCUUCCCGUGUGGUUGGUAUUCUUGCCCACCAUCAGUGUCCCCAGGUCCCAACCCUGCUAGUCUCCUCUCUCUGUCGUCUACAGUGAAACUACGAAGGAUGUAGUUAAUCUGCAAGUGCAACUUUGCAUAAACCCAGAUGCCUCCCCUCCCUCUUGACGAGCGCAUCGUGGUCAUUCAGCGCCCCAAAAAUCUCAGCCUAUGCGAGACCUCCCCUCAAGGUGCCCCGCAGCACUCUUCACAAAUUUCAACAUCUUCCAAUGGACAAGUGGCCCGCGCUGCUCAUUUCCAUGCACCGUCGUCCCACUUCUACUCGCCCGCCACCAAAUCUCUCAGUUUGGAAUGUAAGCGGCGGUCCCUCCGUGCCCACAGACCCCCGGCCGAGACGCUGGUUCCCCCCGCCGGGGUCAGACAUACGCCUAGCCACUGCCACAGCAAUGGAACUGUGACAUUAGGGCCACGACUGCCUUCCCACACACAUAAUAUCGAUAUCAGGGUUUCAGUGGACAGAGGGGGUCGAGUACGGGGGUUCAGCAACUCACUUGGGCGAGGUGGGACUGCGAAAGCUGGAAGGGACAGAUGUACUUACUCACAGUUUGACCAAGGACUUCAUGAGAGAAGAAGUGUAUCAGCAGGAAGACCAUCCGGGCCAGAGCACAAGACACAAAAAAGUCGAUUCAGUCAGCCAUUGUCUUCUCCUUCUGGGAUUCUGCAGUUUGUACCACCGCAGGUGCAGCAGUACAAGCUAUGGGGUGACAAGGAGAAGGAGAACACAGGUUUCGCUAACAAAAGUGACAGUGAAUUUGCCUCAUUGAGUCAAAGGAAGCAUUCUAAACUGGGACCAUCUUUUCAAAGCCAUACCUCUCACAGUGUUCCCUUCAACCAAACCUCACUUCCUGUCCCGCAUGCUGCUAUCCUAAACUCUAGCUACCCCUCCCCACCAAAACCGAAUCCCUCACAUGUUCCUGUAGCAUUUCAGAGUCUUGACCAACCUCGUCCAUCUCGUCCCAGGGAUCAGCGUCCACACGUCCUCCAUGGUCUGCCUUUGUCCCCUUGUACCUCUCACACGGGACGUUUCCCCAGCCCAGACCACACCUGCACAGUGGACUGCAGUAGCCCACUGGGCUGCGGUUGCUGGAGGUUGGUGAGAUGCAAAAGCAGUAAGAGCCAGUCAGCUAGCUACCACGGAGGAAGCUCUUUCAACAAAGAUUCCUGUUCUCGCAAUGCUGCAGCAUUAAAGAGAGGAGGCAAAGAGAUGGGCCUGAGGAAUCUGGGCGGGUGUCUCUCCACCACCUCCACCACCAACACCUCCUCCUCUAACAGCACUGUGUCUGACUGCCGUGCCACUCUCUUUAAACCCCUGCGCUGCGCCUCCUGCUCUGGUGAUGCUGGUAACUUUGAAAGCCCCACUGUUCUUCGUAAGCGACUUGUUGGCGGAUGUCUUCCAUGCACACCUCUGUCCUCCUCUGCCCCUCUACAGGCUAUACAGAGUUGUGUUUCUGGCUGUAAUCCUAAAGCAUCCCAGACCAGCAGCUCUACCUGCAGCUACUGCAGCAGUGACCCAAUUGUGGUGACCUUUAACCCUCGCAGGGUCAAGACCCCUGGCAGGAGUGGCACUCAUUCAAUGGGUAUGUUUCAAGCUGAUGACGACGACUACAGUGUAAGAACUAUCUGGCCUGAAGAACUGGCAAAGAAGAUGAGCCUAUCAGAAUCCCAGAAGAAUCACUGUGCAGGGAUCGGGAUGGGAGUCGGUAAAACGUCAGCUCUUCAGGCCCCAAAUGGCAACAGUUUCUUGCUAGACUGUCAGACCCUCCAACACUACACCCCGUCACAGCUAAUGGACCAUGCAGGUCGAAGGCGGCUUCAACAAGGCAAAAUGGCUGCCCUGGAUUUCAUGGGCUGCAAAUCCGGUUACAGCGACGGUCGCAACUCACUACAGAGGCUGUUGAAUAAAGCUGAGCAUUCAGGAAUCAGUGAUCCUCUUGAGCAAAACAGAGAGGCUUCAUAUCGGCGUUCCCCGUCACCAGGCACCGCCUCGCCCCCAUCACCUGUAUCAUUUUCACCCCCACCGUCUGCGCCGACUACACUCAUCAAGCCCAAACCAUGGCAGAGGGACAGAGACGGGGGUCAUUCCCUGCCCUCCGCACAGUCGCUGCACCUGGCGCUGAACUCGCUUAACAGAGAUCAGGAUGAAGAGAAGAGUCGAAUGCACCUCUCGUUGCCGCUGUCUUCUUCGUUGCCUGCGUCUCUUUCCGACGAGUCUUUGAUGACCCCUGAUGCCGAGAACGCUGUGGUCAGUCCUAUCCUGCCCUUCCUCUAUUUGGGAAAUGAGAGAGACGCCCAAGACCUGGACCUACUGAGGCACCUCAACAUAGGCUAUGUUGUCAAUGUGACGACGCAUCUGCCGCUCUACCAUGUCAAGUCUGGACUGCGAUACAAGCGACUGCCUGCUACUGACAACAGCAAGCAAAAUCUUCGACAGUACUUUGAGGAAGUGUUCGAGUUUAUAGAGGAGGCAUAUCAGAGUGGAAAGGGGGUGCUGGUGCACUGCCAGGCCGGUGUUUCCCGUUCUGCCACCAUCGUCAUCGCCUACUUGAUGAAGCACACACUCAUGACAAUGACAGAUGCCUACAAAUACGUCCGGAGCCGCCGUCCAGUGGUUUCUCCCAACCUCAACUUCAUGGGCCAGCUGCUGGAAUUCGAGCGCGACCUCAACUCUGGGGUGACCCCUCGUAUCCUCAUGCCUAAACUUAGCGGUGUGGAAACACAAGUGUGACCGUACUCGUGGGAGCAGAAGUGGGGUUUACUGUGUUUCUCGUGGAACUGCAGGAUUUGAUCUUUAUCCCCGAAAGAAUAACGUGCCAAUAUUUGUAUAGAAGUUAUCGUACUCUGAUGCCUCUUUUCCCUUUUGUACCCUUGCAGUCAGACAUACUGUCUGUGUCAAAAGCGACACAGGUUUUCCGGACACGUAGCAACUCACGGGUUAAUGCUAUGCACUUUACUGCCCAUGCAUUUAAUGACUCUACUGUGUAAAUCUGCCAUGAGCUCCAGAAGUCAGUAGUUUCUUUUUGUACUGAUCAUCGUUUGCGACUUGAAUAUUCACAUGGUUAGAAGUUUUGGUGAGUUCAUUUUCUUUUAAAAACUUAUGGAGGUUAUUCCUCAUGUUACAAAACAGUCCCAAAACGUUCCUUCCAACCCACUCACUGUGUUCUUCUAUAGGUAGGUCGGCCUUCUGAAUUCCUAACCCAUUUGGUGAUCUCAUUGUUGAACGUUGGCAGGUUGUUCGGAAAAUACAUCGUCUGAGAAUCCUAGACUUCCCUUUCGCCAGCAACUUUAUCCAUUUCUCAAAAUAUUUCUCAUCUCAAGAAGAAGUUUAUUUCAAUCCAACGUAGUACAUUCAACAUCUCUUCCAUUUCACCCUGAUCUGAGGAAUCGAAAAGAAGCAACGAAAAAUACAUCCAAUAAUCGCUGCCCGUUUUUAUAUGCUUUUUUUCCCCCUUUUUAGGUGUUUCCAGAGUCCUGUUACUAAACUUAAGUGUAGAUUAUGAGAUGGAGGAAUUGUACACAUGCUGAUCAUGCUUUAACAAUCAGAGUGAAUAGUUCCGCUAUUUCACUCUGACAUUACAAUUCUUUGUUUCUUAUGUGUUGACUCCAGAAGGUCUCUGAAGUCAUUACUCAUUCUUGCUCAUCUUCCAGUGGUCGACUGGUGGGCCUGAAAUUCAGGUAGAGUUCCACAUUACCAUCUUGAAACCGACCUCUCAGCCUCACAGGGAAGAGAAUACAUGCAUCGGGCUUCAUUUCUGGGAACUUUCUAAUUUCUCAUCGCCGUGGUCUUGUUCCCCGUCUUGCUGAGUCGAUAACAAAUUCCUCUUUGGAUCCAACCUCCUCCUUGAUAAGGCUGUCUGUGAAGAGCCGGAGAUCUUCAGCCUCCAUGUCUUCUGGCAUUGAAUCAUGUUGUUGGCUUCCAAGCAGGCGAUUCUCAGCUGAUGAGUUCUUUUUUUUUUUCAAAUUUGGACCCUUGACAUUUGUUUGUGGACGCAUUGUUUCUUCAUUUUUUGUUCUUAAAUUCCAGUUCUUCCAUUGCUUUUACUUAAGGUCUGGUGAGAUCUCUACUCAGAGGUCUUUUUUAAAUUCACACCUGUGUUUUGGCGUCUUCCUCCCGUUGUCUCUUCUCUGACUCAAUGCUUACUUGAGAACUUCCCUGUGGUCUGACAUUGUAGCCUUUAUUCGCAUUUCUUCCUCAGUUUCAUCAAUUUGAAAUCGAAUGAAUUUCUCCAAACCCUCUAUUUUUGCUGUGAUACACUUCAUUACCUCGGACUCAAUGGUUUCGCCCAACUGACUUCCUGCUCUCGGCAGUGUCUUUGAUGUUUUUGUGCUUUUUCAGCAUACUUACGAUGACUCAUUAUUCUCUGCUCAGCCGAUUCUGUUCUUCGGAGUUUCAAGCAGUCCCUCCUACCUCAGUUUCUGAAUGGUUGUGCCCGUUCUUUUUGGGCAGUAUGCCUGGUUUUUCCAUUCAGGAGCUCUGGCUUUUCGUUGCCUGGUACCUUUGACACUGUGUCGCUUACGUUUUUCCACAAGGACCUAGUUAUUUUUAUUAUUAUGAUUAUUAUUAUUACCUACGACUCCUACUUGGAGUGAGAUCUUGACAGACAGAGCAGACAGAGUGGUGAACGUUCUCACCUGACCUCCAACCCUGGUCAUCUGUGGAGAACAUUCUGACCCACUAUGGAACCCUUCAUCCUAUUGGACAUUACACAUUAAACCAUCCAUUUCCAUCAUCUCAGAUCUCUCUGGACAUUUAUAUGACACACACCUCCCUUGGAGUUCCAUCUUACCAUGUGCUGUGCUGUUUCAUAAGUAGGAUCAAUUUACCCAUUCAUUUUGAGUUUACGUCGUAUUUCACCUCAGUUCCAUCAAUUUCUCUAAAAUUUUCAAUGUUCCAAGCCUUUGGAUUUCCAGUUCCUCCUGGUAUAGUAUUUAAAGAUCAUGAGCACGGCCCACAAUGCAUUGUGACAUCAUGUGAUCUUUAGAGCCCUAGGAGCAGUGAACACUCCAAAACUCACUGUUAGACAGCUAAUACCAUUUUACUCUCUGUCACAUUGUAGUUUAUGACAAACCUGUUAAGAGUCGUAUCUUGUAAAAAGAGAACAACCAGUAGUUAAUCUUGAAAUGCGUCCUUGCUAAUAAGACUGUCAAUCCUUUGCCUGUGAGCCCUUAAGCAGUCUGACUGUCCCCUCUUGACUAUGCAUGCUUAUCGAAGACUCCAUUUGGAAAGAUUCACUGUGAGCUCCUUCACUAUUGUUGAACCUAACGAGGCCUUCAAUCCAUUUUAGCACCUGUUGACCCAAAACCCAAAUGCUUUUGUACAAAGUAGAGAAGUUUUCGAGUCCAUAUUUCUUUAUUUCCAUGCAUUUUAUAGGGAGAUCACUUCAUUAUUAUGUUCCACGGAACGUGUUUUUUAGAGAGGUUGGAGACAAACAACAGAUUGUGAUCUGCGCAAUUUGCCCCAAAUGGAGUUUAACUGAAGUACAAGGAGAUUUGUCGAUGAGCUAGAACCACGAUUCUCUCUUAGCAACUCACCAAGUCUCAUGGGAAGGCUACAGUAAAGAUGUGGCAUGGAUCUAUUCAGAUCUGGCCAGAAGGAAGACGUAGAUCUGCUCAGAUUUAGACGGGAAGAACCUCAAAUAUUAGCAAGCAUUUAUUACAUUUGCAAGCUUCAGUCUUAUUAAUUUCACUUCAAAUGACCAAGAGAAAACGAAUAUUCAAUCCACCGUAUAUUUAGUGGCAAAUUUUCUCAGUAUUUUUAGUCAUACAUUUUAUUUUAUUCCAUCUUAUGGGAGGGAAUGUUCCAGAGCAGUCAAAUCAGAAUCCAGAUGUUGAGAUGGAAAGCUAUUGAUGAAAAACUGGACAGGAAGUCAAACAGAGAUUUGGACAACAAAAUUGAAUCUGAACCUUUCUUUCUUAGUUUUGUUAAAAUAAAGUCACAAGAAAGCACUAAACAGUAAUGAUACAUUUCACUGAACACAUUUUCUUCGGACCGCGUGUUAAGAAAUGGUUGUUGUCUUCCAUCUUGGCAACAGUGCUUCAUUGCUGACACGCUCACUGUCACUGUAUCAACCUCAGCGUACAGCAGUCCCUCCUUUACCUCUCACCUUUCAUUUGACUGCCGAGCCUUAAACCUGCUGUACAGUCCCUGUCUCACUGUGAACCCGUCACCAUGGAAACCAAGGAACAUUGCCUGUUGACUUUUAUGCAAAAUGGAACGCGUCGCAGCUGACCUCGCGGAAUCGAGUGGCUAUUGCUUCAGCAGAACACCUGUGUGAUCAGAAACUCCUGCUUGUGUUUUUGCAGAGACUUGGGAGGACUUGUCUAUAAUGUUCUAUUCUUUUUUCUGGGAUUGUCAAUAUCUGUGUAUUACUAAUGUGUGGGAAACAAAAUGUAACCAGGUUUUUUAAUCAGUGUGCUAUUUAUUGUUACCAAAAAUGAGGCCGAGUGAGAGAGAUGACGCCGUGGUAAUGGGGUGUGAAUCUUCCGGUCGGACCAUCAUUGUAACAAUGUGCUGUUGGAACCAUGCACUGCUUCCUAAACUCUCCUUUUUUUGGUUCUUCACCAAAGUGAUAUGUUCCUAUUGUUGCAUCUGGUUCUUGUGUUUAGGCAAUGUUUGAACUUUUCCGUGCCGACUGUACUCUUUUGAGAUGCGCUGUGACUCACACAAUGCUGCUAUAUCACUCAGACUUUCAUGAAUUUGUCACGUUUAUCAGUGUGACUCUGAAUAGGCUGAUAUUGUGAACGUGCAUUCGAGGCGUCAGGCUUAUCUAUUCUCACAGCUGUGGACUUGCUCCGUCAAAAAAAAUAGAGACAAUAGUAGCGCUGAGGUUUUUCAGGGCCCAUUUUAAUUACGUUCCUGCUGCUUCCAUUCAAAACCUGAAUUGCGUCCUUUGCUUCGUGAAGAGCUUUGUUUCUGACAGAUGUGAGGAAUGAGGAGCGUCAUUCAGCACCACAAUUAUUAUAAGCCAUAAGCGCAACACUUACCUGAGAAGGAGAGGCAUGUGUUUACUCUGCACAUUGUUUAUCUUACUGCACUCAGUUGCUUGGCUUCUAACAGAAAACUUGCUUUUUCACGCAAAUUCCUGCAGUUGAGCUAACAGACACAACUGGUGAAAAUAAAUCAUACAAUUCAGGCUGAAAGGUGGUGCACCAUUUCUGCAGAACAACAGGAACAUGUUUGUGUUUCUGUCCGGUCACGUUUGUCAAAUCUGUCCAUGUUAUACCUGGAGUUAUGUAAGUGGUCUCAUAGCGAUUGAAAUAGAGUGAAACAAUUUCUGCGUUUUUAAAGCAUUAGUUUGAAUAUAAUAUGACACAACUGCGAGUUGAGCUAGUUCAACUGUACUUUUUUCAAACAUAUAUUCCAAUUCGGAGGUUUACAUUUUCAGAUAAGUUGCUAAUUUCUGAUGCCAACUUAUAUAUUUGGGUCUCAAAACGCUACCUGCAUCUUAGUUGAGCUCUGUAACUUCUCCGACUCAGUCCAACAGCCCCUGUAGCAGGACGGUUCUCUGUCAUGCGUGAAGUUGACCCUGUUACAUGGCGGGUGCUGAUCUACUGAAGUUCUUCAAUGCGCAAAACACGUGCUAAUUUGGUCAUGCAUCAAUUUUGCUCAUGAAAACGCACAAAAUGAUUAAUCAAAGGUUUUUGUCUUUCAUGUAUUUUACAAAUCCUGCGAAGUGUGCUGCUAUGAAUAUACAAUUUGUGGUGUUGAAGAAAGACAUUCAUUUCUAUAGCACGCUAAUCCGAUAGCUAAAUCAACAUUCUAUUCCUUUCAAAACAAAUGUCCAAGGUUCAUUUUGUGUUGUGUAAAAAAAAAAAAAAACAAUGAAAGAUAAUGUGGAGAUAACUUUAUUUUCACCCUUGUUUUAAAGUAUUUUUUUGUCAACAGAUGUGUGGGUUAAUGAGAGCCCCCGCAAAUAAUGCUAGUUUGCUGCAUCAGUUGUGACAUGGAGUUUUAGCAAAUCUCAUAGCUAUAAUCUCACAGGCCAAAUUAUAAUCUCUGGUUGAUAUCUAAUUAACCAACCACUAUUGGUCUAUUGAUUUUUCAGGAUUGUUAUUGUAAAAAAAAAGGGUCAUGAACUUGCAGCUCAUGACUGGAGCUCUGUGUUUAUUUCAAACUAUGACUGUGUAUAUUUUCAAACAGAUCUAACCGAGGCCUUUAAGUCAGCAAACUUUUGUAUGAAGUAGCAUUUAGGAUACAACUCAAUAUAAUCCGAUCAUGCAGCGCCACUCACUGUAUUUUAUAAAUCAUGUAGCACAACAUCUGUUAUGCAAAGUUUCAAUCCUAAAAUUGCUUUAAGUUUGAGCUUCCAUCGCUUCCCAGUGUAAAGCUGUUGCUGGCCUCCCAUGUGGGCGGAGACAUGUUGACUAUAUAUGCGUGUAAAUGGAUUGCUGGUGAAACACACAGUUCCGUGGAAACUCGGCAGAAACUGCAGUGGAUGGAUAGAGCUGGACUUCUCUGCCAAUGUGGCAGGUACAGAAAACACACUGCUCUCUGGCCGCGGCGGCCGUGUCACAUGGUGUUACCAUGGUAACAGCUGACUAUUAUGCUUCUGAAGGCUGGAUGACGAUUCUGUUCUUCACAUGAACUGUAAACUGCAGUCACUGGUUCUUUGGACAAAUAAAGCAUUUC